AUGAAUUAAGGUUUGAAUAAUAAGAGCAAGGCUAUUAUAAUUAAGUAGCCUUACCCUAACUUUAUCAAAGCACUGAAUUUAAGCAAAAAUACUAAAUCAAAUCACGAAAUACCCAAAGAAUAGCAAUAAAUAGCCACCUAGAGAACUUAAAGAACCAUCAUACCUUCAAUGUAUGAAACUGAGUUAAUAUUAAAUAGAAAAUCAAUAUCAAAUAAAACUAGUUAAGAAAAGAUCAGAGUUUACGAUGUUUUCAAGUAGAUUCCUAGAAACAAAAGCCAGUCUUAUCACAAUCACAUUAAUAAAAUGGAUGAAUCGAGAGACAUCUUAAGCAAACUUAAUGAUUAGAAAAAAAUCAAUGAUGGUAUUAUUUUAAGUUUAAAUGAAGUAAAGAUUGUUAAAAAACAUCUAGAUUCUUAGAAUCAGUCUUAAAAACUCAUAGAAUUGAACCUCUUUCUUCAAACAAAAAAAGAUCAUACAGUAAUGCAUAACCUUUAGAUAAACUAUUUAAGAUGAAUGACAAUUCAAUAUCCUACAUUAAGCCCCCCUUAGAAACACAAAGGAAAAUACCAAAAACUAAGACUAAUUUAAAAUUAUAAAGAGAUGAUAAUAUAUUAGAUUUGUUACUAUUAAACACCUGUGAAUUAAAAAAAAAGUUAUUACACAAAUCAAGUAACAACAGUAGCUUUAUUUGUAUUAGACCUGGAAAGCUUCCUAAAGACUUCUUUAUAUAUAAUUAAUGA